AUGCAAGAACCAAGCUACGAUCCUCGGUGUCCUUUGGCGACCACCACCAUCGUUUACCAGUACAAAUUGGUAAAUUGCCCCGGAAAGACCAUCGUUGGAAUGCUCGUCGAAUAUCCUCCGAACGGUGCGACGCCCCCUCACCGUCACGGAGGUGCUUCUGUCUCCGCCUACGUGAUCCGUGGAUCUGUCUUAAACAAGAUGAAUGAGGAUCCGAUGAGGAUUAUCGAGCAUGGGGGUUCUUGGUAUGAAGCGCCGGGGUGUCACCACCGGAUUAGCUCUAAUGCGAGCCAGACCGAGUCAGCGGCGUUCUUCGUGAAUUUUGUACUUGACUCGGAGAAGUUGGAGCAAGAGGGUCCAUCAGUUCUUGUCCAAUAUGACGAAGAGUAUAAGGAUAUUGUCGCAAGGAAAAUGUUGACAUAG